UCAAUGCAUUCAUAGAAUGCAGGUGUUGAUGGGCACGUCUCCGGCGGCGGUCAGUGGUCUGGUCACAUAACAAAAUGUGUAGAAGAACAUAAUUUUGAUGAAGCAGGCCGUCUGCCGAAGGAGAUUUGCCCAUUAAUUCUACUGCAUUAUCUUUUCUCAAGCUCAUAAGUAUGAUACUGAGGUACAUCAGUGGCAUUCACAUGUUCUAUUGAGGAUUUUUCCUUGGAAGAUCAACCAGGUUUGAGUAUACUCAACAUCUGCAGCGGUUUGCACCCCUGACCACUGUUGUGACAAUUGACAGCUUACCAAUUCAUUAGAUUGAACAUAAACAAUACUAACACAUUUUGGGGGGAUGGUGUAGUCCGAAUCUGAAAUUUGUAAAAGGAUCUUCAAUUCCCAUGUAUCUGAUUUUGUCAGUUAAGCUGAUAAUUCUAAUUUGAAUUCAGAACGUGCUCAAGUGUGUUAAUUAUGUUUAAGAAUGUUAGGUUCUUGUCCCUUGUAGCCCUUUGAUCCUUAGCCUGCAAAUAAAAUUGUCUUAUUUCUAUUGAAUUUAGGCCUAAAAGUUAUCCACGAACUUAACUGAUAUACGUUAUAUCCAUUCUGCACGCAGACUGCCCAAAAGCCAGGAAGCAAAGCCUAUCAUGACUUCGAUGAAGACCACCUGUGUCAUUUUGUUAGUAGUCUGCAUUGAUAAGUAAAAGUAGACAAAUGAUAAAGCAAGAAGAAAUAUAUUAACAUGGAAAGGAAACGACUAUGCAAGCGAAUGGCAGGGCAAUUCUCCCUUGACAAAAUAGAACUAUGCAUGAGAAUAGGUACUUCUGUCAAAGGAGAACUGCCCUGUAAUUCCUCAACCCCAUAUUUACUCCUCAAAAAUCCUUCUAAUGUUCUUGAGUUAUUGCAGAAACAGAAUACUGGCUUUUAUACAAAUAUUCUCUCUUUAAACAAUAUAUGUACGCAUUUUUCAACGCUUUAAGUCAUUAUCAAUUAUGCAUACAGGAAGUGUUAAAAGGGAGCAGUACAGGCAUAUUAGAGCUGGAUGCGUAUGUAUACCAGCAUUCUUAUGUCGACAUAUUGUGCAUGACUAUACGUAAAAACAUGCAGCAUUUAACCAGGGUAGAUAUAUUCGGCGCUUCCGUUUACAGUAAAGGAAUGAACCUGACCCUUAGAGGAGUGAAGGGGCCUCGUUCAAAUGAGCACAUGUUUCAAUCCUCUUGCAAAGAAGUGGAUAUAAGCCAAGAAUAUGCUCUCAUUCAGGCAAAUGCCAGGCUCUUCCUUGCCUAUAAAUAAAGAUUGGAUUUCUGAAAUGUCCAUCAGCCAAAAACAUUGAGCACGGAUGCAUUACUGGGCAAAUUCACCUCUGGCAGUUUGUCGCUCUUAAACUGCUACAUUCCCUCUUAAGGAAAGAGUGACACUGCUGCCAAAGGAGAUUUGUCCCGCAAUUCAGCUGUGCAAUCUUCACCACACUUGGCUUGCACCAGUUCACGAGCAUGGUACUGUUAUCUACAUAAUUCAUAUGAUUCCAAUAUAUGUUAUGAACAAUGGCGCUAGCAACAAAGAAAUGUCUACAAUAUUGCUUUUUUGUUAAAUUUCUGAAAUCAAAAUAUCAUCAUAGUUUAGGAACAAAUUAAGUAACGCACUCCAAAGUACUUUGUGUUGGUUUUUUGAAAGAAAACACUUGCUGGUAGCCAUUUGGGUCUGGUCGGAGUUUGUGGUGGUAUAUUUCCCUCAAAUCUCUCUCACACAGGCCCUCAAAGAUCAUGAAAGGCUCUAAUACCAUGUUGGUUUUUUUUUCACAAAGAAAUGGAGAGAAUAUCG